AUGAGAAGUAUAAGAGUCAAUCGUAAUUACUCCACCAAAACCGUUGCAUUAACUGCUGAAACAUAUAGUGAUAAGGUUAAACGUGAUGAACGUUUUAAGAAAUUGGAAGAUUCUGAUUUGAAAUUCUUUGAAUCUGUUUUAAAAGAUAAAAAUUACCUCAUAACCAAUGAAGAUGAUUUGGAUUUCUUUAAUGAAGAUUGGAUGAGAAAGUAUAAAGGACAAUCUAAAUUAGUCUUGAAACCAAAGACCACAGAGCAAGUUAGUGAGAUUUUGAAAUACUGUAAUGAAAAGAAAUUGGCUGUUGUACCACAAGGUGGUAACACAGGUUUAGUUGGGGGUUCUAAUCCAAUAUUUGAUGAGAUUAUUUUAUCAGUAGCCAAUCUCAAUAAGAUUAGAUCUUUUGAUGAAGUUAGUGGUAUUUUAAAAUCUGAUGCUGGGGUUAUUUUGGAAAAUGCUGAUAAUUUUUUGGCUGAAAAAGGAUAUCUUUUCCCAUUAGAUUUGGGUGCUAAAGGUUCAUGUCAUGUUGGUGGUGUUGUUGCUACUAAUGCUGGUGGUUUACGUUUAUUAAGAUACGGUUCAUUACAUGGUACUGUUUUAGGUUUAGAAGCAGUUUUACCUGAUGGUACUAUUUAUAGUUCAAUGGAUUCUUUAAGAAAAGAUAAUACUGGUUAUGAUUUAAAACAGUUAUUCAUUGGAUCUGAAGGUACUUUGGGUGUCAUCACUGGAGUAUCAAUAUUAUGUCCAGCAAGACCAGCAGCAUCAAAUGUUGCAUUUUUAGCAGUCUCUUCUUACGAAGCUGUUCAGAAAGUUUUCACUGGAGCUCGUCGUGAAUUAUCAGAAAUUUUAUCAGCUUUUGAAUUCAUGGAUGGUACUUCUCAAGAAUUAACUAGAAGAUAUUUAAAAUUGGAUUAUCCAAUUGAAAGUGGUGAUUAUCCAUAUUAUAUUUUAAUUGAAACUAGUGGUUCAAACAAAGAACAUGAUGAUGAAAAAUUAGAAACUUUCUUAGGUAAUGCUAUGGAAGAAGGUUUAGUCGAUGAUGGUGUUGUUGCACAAGAUGAAACUCAAUUACGUAAUUUAUGGAAUUGGAGAGAAUCUUUACCAGAAGCAACUGCUCAUUGGGGAGGUGUUUAUAAAUAUGAUGUUUCAUUACCUUUAAAAGAUUAUUACAAAUUAGUUGAAGCAACUAAUCAAAGAUUAAGUGAACGUGGAUUGAUUGAUUUAGAUGAUGAUUCAAAACCAGUUGUUGAAGCUGUUGGUUAUGGUCAUUUAGGUGACGGUAAUUUACACUUGAACGUUGCAGUUAGAGAAUAUAAUAAAGAAGUUGAAAAAGCUUUGGAACCAUUUGUUUAUGAGUGGAUUAAAGAACAUAAAGGUUCAAUUUCUGCUGAACAUGGUUUAGGCUUUCAAAAGAAAAAUUAUAUUGGAUAUUCUAAAUCUGAUAUUGAAAUUAAGAUGAUUAAAGAAAUCAAAAAUCAUUAUGAUCCAAAUUGUAUUUUAAAUCCAUAUAAAUACGUCUAA